GACGUCUGUUUUCCCUCCAAGCUUGUUUUGCGGUCAAAAAACUCCAACUGCAACCAUUCCACCCUACUCACCAGCCACUAACAACAGACACAGAUAAAAGGAACCUCCCUCGUUCUAUCUCGGGACUUUGAGUCCUUCUAAAACAACAGAAAACAACAGCUUGCCCGUAAAGCGAGCUCUGGCUGUUCAAGGCAAAACUGUGUACUACCCAUUGAAGGAACCGCAACGAUGACGCUCUAUUAUAGUCUUGUUUUCCUUCUCCUGGUGGUGGAGAUGGUCAUCUUUGUUGGCCUCAUCAUCCCUCUUCCUUUCACCGUAAAAAGGAAACUCUUCACCUUCAUAUCUGAAAGCCCAGUUAUUGCGAAGCUCCAGUAUGGCAUGAAAAUUACGUUUAUCUUCAUCCUUAUCCUAUUCAUCGAUAGCGUUAAUCGGGUCUACCGCGUUCAAACCGAGCUAUCCACACACUCAAAGGAAAUGGGCGGAGCCGGGCGCAGAACUGCCGCCCUAGGCGCCGAACGGAUGGAGGUCCAAGCCCGCAAAUUCUACUCUCAGCGCAACAUGUAUCUCUGCGGCUUUACCCUCUUCCUUUCCCUCAUCCUCAAUCGCACCUACACAAUGAUCCUUGAAGUGCUGCGUCUGGAGGACAAAGUGAAACAACUGCAAGGCGACAAACAGGCUGGCGGCAAGGCAUCGGCCAAAUUGGCAGAGGCCGGCGAUGCUGGUGAAAUUGGCCGUCUACGCAAGGAACUUGCGGCUCGUGAGAAGGAUAUUGAAGCGCUGAAGAAACAGUCUGAGGGCUUGUCGAGGGAAUAUGAAAAGUUGGGCGAUCAGCUCUCAAGCCAGAACCCCGAUUCAACGCCCAAGAAGGAGCGGUAAAUGGCAGUGGGAGGUCAGGUGGCUUUUGCCAUUCGUUGGCGGCUCUUGGAAGAGAAGAAAAAGAUAUCGAAAUCCCACCAACGUGAUGGAAAAGUGGGUGGGUGAUAUGAAUUGGUUUCAGAGAGGCUGAUGUUUUCCCGACGGACUAUAAUGCCUAGGUCAUCCUAGUGUGUGCGUUUCGUGAACUUGGUAAUGGUAGUGAAAUGUGCAAAGGUUCCGAAUAGAAACGGGAGUGUGGAUUUGGGUAGUUUCCACUUUUAAUUUUUGAAAUAUGUAUAUGCAGCGAUUGGAUGUUUAUCGUCCCUCUUUAUACUUAUGGAGGCGUGUAAUAGGAUCCCAUGGCGGAGAUAUCAUUAAGAAUAUUUCUUCGCACAAAUCACAGUUCUUAUUUUCUUGACCUGGAGUUACUAUUCCAUUCCAUCAAUACCUUCCCCAGCUUACCAUUUGAAACUCGUAAUUAGUUAAUACACCUUCAAUGCGUUCCCAGUGCAAAUCUGGGAAACAAGUUUGAAUUGGGGAGGGUAUAAAAUGUGGUAUAUAAUAUCAAUCCGUCAUCGAACAGUCAUCGCAGUGCAAAGGUAGAGAGAAGCCUUAAACAAGAAAAGUCCAGAAACUCGGGUAUACAAAUUCCUCCUCGAAAAU